GUUUCUCUUUUCCUCCACAGACGUCUCUGCAGGCAAGGUUUUCUGUCUUUUUGCCAUGGCUCGUACUAAACAGACAGCUCGCAAGUCCACCGGCGGUAAAGCGCCGCGCAAGCAGCUGGCUACCAAGGCUGCUCGCAAAAGCGCGCCGGCUACCGGCGGCGUGAAAAAGCCUCACCGUUACCGCCCGGGCACUGUGGCUCUGCGCGAGAUCCGUCGCUACCAGAAGUCGACCGAGCUGCUGAUUCGGAAGCUGCCAUUCCAGCGCCUAGUGCGAGAAAUCGCCCAGGACUUCAAGACCGACCUUCGCUUCCAGAGCUCAGCGGUGAUGGCGCUGCAGGAGGCUUGCGAGGCCUACUUGGUAGGGCUCUUUGAGGACACAAACCUUUGCGCCAUCCAUGCCAAGCGAGUGACUAUUAUGCCCAAGGACAUCCAGCUCGCUCGCCGCAUUCGCGGAGAGAGAGCUUUUGGAGGUUGGGGAUUGAGUACUGGAAGAAAAUUUAUAGGGAUGGGAAUACUGUACGUAAACAAAAGAAACAAAGGUGUUGGAGUAGCCAUGUCUGGUCGUGGCAAAGGCGGUAAAGGUUUGGGUAAAGGAGGUGCCAAGCGUCACCGCAAAGUGCUGCGGGAUAACAUCCAAGGAAUCACCAAGCCGGCCAUUCGGCGCCUUGCUAGGCGUGGUGGGGUAAAGCGAAUCUCUGGUUUGAUUUAUGAGGAGACCCGUGGUGUUCUCAAGGUGUUCCUGGAGAAUGUGAUCCGGGACGCUGUGACCUACACGGAGCACGCCAAGCGCAAGACUGUGACUGCCAUGGAUGUGGUUUACGCGCUCAAACGUCAGGGACGCACUCUGUACGGCUUCGGCGGUUAAUCUUUUGGUCAGCUUUCUUCUAAUGGCCCUUUUCAGGGCCGCCCACUCCUUCUCAGAAAGAGCUGUGAUUGUGUUUUUUCGGAU